AUGGACGCGCAGAAUCUUGAGGCUAUCAAUGGCCUGCUGGAUGAGGAUGUCGCGAUCAGAGAGAAAAUAAAAGAGCAAGUCACGGAGUUCGACAAGAAGGCCCGGACGCUGUCGGGGAUACUCAACAGGAUUCAUGCAACUCGGGCUGGACAACUACCCGCGUUAUUCGACACCGCACGUCCUAUCCUCGACAGCUGCAAGGAGAGUACUGCAGCACUCGCGGACAUUGUUCCUCCGAGCCAAUUCUGGCGAUGGAAAGAGAUGUGGCACAAUUCUCUACGGACAGCCAUAUUUUCCGCCACGCUCAUGGAGUUCCUCCAGCACGGAGGUCUGAUGACACUCCCGGCUGUCGCGGAGACGUUGGGCAUUAAGCCCGAAUGGCAGGGGCGCUGCGCAUUACCUGCGGAAGAUUACCUGCACGGCGUGAUCUCACUUGUGAAUGAGCUGUCGCGUUUGGCUGUCAAUGCUGUGACCUUGGGCGAUUUCGAUCAGCCCAUCAAAAUCUCGUUGUUCGUCAAGGACGUGUUCGCGGGCUUUGCCAUGCUUAACCUCAAGAAUGAUACUCUCCGACGUCGUUACGAUAGUCUCAAGUAUGACAUCAAGAAGAUCGAAGAAGUGGUGUAUGACGUCUCUCUGCGCAAGCUGGCUCCUUCGGCGAGCGACAAAAAAUAA